AUGGUGAAAACCAUUCUCGAUGAUAGGGAAGAGAGGACUGUCUUCAAAAACAACCACCCUGGAAAGGAUUGGAUGCGAGCCUUUUUCAAGAGGCAUCCAGAGAUACGGGAAAGAAUUGGACAACCACUUGGCCGUGAGAGAGCAAUUGUGACAAAGGAUGCUCUAGGUGAAUGGUUUCAGCAAAUGAAACAUUACCUGGACACCAUCGAUCCCACUUUGUUGACCUCUCCUGACCGGAUCUUUAAUGCUGAUGAAAGUGGUUUUAAUAUAUGUCCAAAGACAAAGAAAAUCAUCAGCAUGACAGGAGCAAAACACGUCUACUCUGUCACAAGUGGCAAACGGCAGCAAGUGACAAUGUUGGCCUGCUCCUCUGCCAUGGGGCAGUACCUUCCACCGCUGCUGAUCUUUCCCUACACCAGAGAUCCUCGCUUCAAUGCGUUGGAAGGUUUUGAAGAGCUUUUUUCAAAAACUCCAAAUGGUUGGAUCACUGAGGUGGUCUUUCUUAGCUUUCUGAGGGACAUUUUCAUUCCCAAAUUGGGAGAAAAGCGACCAGUGGUGCUGUUUGUGGACGGCCAUUCCAGCCAUCAUUCCCUGGCAAUCUGCACGCUGUGUAACGAGAAUGGUGUCAUCCUUUACUGCCUGAAGGCGCAUGCCAGUCACCUUAUCCAGCCACUGGAUCAAGCUUUCUUUGGGGCAAUCAAACUAGCAUGGAGUGAAGCCGUCAGAAAGUUUCAGUACCAAACUGGAGAGUGUCACCAUGUGCACGUUUGCCCGCACACUAAAGAAAGCUUGGGACACUACAGCACGACCAGAGCUUGCUUACAAGGGAUUUGUUAA